AUGCCAAGUUUUUUAAAGGAAGUGAUGUCAAAGAAGAGAAAGUUGGAGGAGUUUGAGACUGUUAAGUUGACAGAAGAGAGUAGUGUCAUUCUCCAGAAGAAGCUCUCUCCAAAAUUGAAAGAUCUAGGAAGCUUUAGCAUUCAAUGCAAUAUUGGUAGCAUCACAUUUGAUAGAGCACCGUGUGACCUUGGAGCUAGCAUUAACUUGAUGCCCUUAUCAACGUUCAAAAACCUGGAUCUUGAACCAAUGAAACCCACAACCCUCACCUUGCAACUGGUAGACAAAUCAAUUGCAUAUCCUAAGGGUAUUAUUGAAGAUGUAUUGGUGAAUGCUGAUAAGUGCAUCUUUCCGAUGGACUUUGUGGUGUUGGAUAUGGAGGAGGAUGAUAAAGUACCACUGAUUCUUGGUCGACCUUUCCUGGCUACUAGAAAAGCAUUAAUUGAUGUCCAGGAAGGAAAGUUGACACUGCGGGUUAAUGAAGAACAAGUUUCAACAUCCAUCAAGUAG